UCCUAUUACUCUACUCUGGCAUUUCCUUUUAGGCGUCAGUUGUUUAUCAUGCAGUCUACCGUCAAGAAAAUAGAGGUUAAUUACAAUCCCAUCAACGAGCAGAACACCUUCACCAACGGAGAUGUCGUCUGUGGGGAGGUGAGGCUGGAAGUGGCCAAAACCUGUGAGGUGGACUUCUUGUACAUUAAGUUCAAGGGGAAGGCUGAGGUCUUGUGGACAGAGAGGCACGGGAAUACCACCCACACAUACCACUCCAAAGACAAGUACUUUAGCGUUAGGCAGUACUUUGUCCAGGACAAAAACCUCAAGCAUGGCAAACAAAUCCAGCUGACAAACCAGAGCUCAGAAACAUACUCCAACGUGUUGCCCCCAGGAAUCCAUGUCUACAGAUUCUCCUUUCAGUUCCCUCAUCAGAACAUUCCUCCUUCUUUCAAAGGCGCCCAUGGAAAAAUAGUCUAUUUGUUGGAAGCGAGGCUGAGCAGGUCAUUGAGAAUGGACAAGACAGAAAGCACCAAGCUCAGCUUUGUUCCAAGACCAGACUUGAGUCCUGCUUCUGGAGUGAUGACACCUCAGCAUGAGUCAAAGGAUAAAAAAAUGAACAUUUUUACCUCUGGAACCGUAGCCAUGGACGUGCAACUUGAAAAAUCUGGCUUCUGUCAAGGAGAACAAUUAAAGGUUUUGGCAUUCAUUAAGAACGAUUCAUCCCGUGAGAUCAAGCCCAAGUACUGCAUUUAUACAAAGCACAGCUUCUUCGCUCGUGGGAAGAGAAGACUCCACUGCAAAGACUUGAUUAAAGAAGUGGGAGCGCCAAUCGCACCGUGCACCUCGCAGAACGUCACGCAGGUCAUCACCAUUCCUCGUGAGAUGGAGCCGUCCAUCAUGAACUGCAGCAUCAUCAAAGUGGAGUACAGACUCAGGGUUUACCUAGAUGUCAAGUAUGCUUCAGACCCAGAGAUCAAAUUUAACAUCUUCAUCCUCCCAGCCUUUGGAGUCCCUGCUGCAGCUUCAGCACCACCAGCUGCUGCAGGUUUUGGAUAUGAGCCGUUCGGGAAUCUGACCCCUCCAGUUUGGGGCGUGUCCUCGCCACCUCCACCAUUCGCACCACAGCCUUCUGAUCCUCCUCCUCCUUAUGGAGCAUAUGGAAUGUACCCUCCUCUGAAUGAUUUCAACAAUAAAUUUUAGGAAUGUGGCAAAAAAAAAUAAUACAUAAAAUAAAAUAUAUACAUAUAUAUAAUUAAAAUAAAAACUGGGAGUAAAAAAAGACAAUGAAAUGAAUCUUUCACAUAUUCAUAUUAACUUUGUUAUGUUUUUGCUAGAAGUUACAGAAGAUUAUUUGAGAGGAGAGAAGGAAGCCGCCUGUGUC